GCUGCUGUCAAUUAUGGUCCAACAUGGUUGACAUUAGAAUGCAGCAAAGCUAGGGAAUGUAACUGGACUGAAGAGACAGAAAUAGGAUAAGCCAAACCCAACAGGAUAGGCUGCAAUUUGCAGCCAGGAGAACAGAGGGAAACAUGCCUUCCCCGUCCUUCUCCUUGGAUGCCCAAUUGAGGUUUCACAACAAGUGGCUGAAGAUAGAUUUGCAGCGCGCCUUCUCUCCGGAGGGUCUGAGUGAGAUGUGGAACGAGAUGGUGAAGGAUGAAGAGAUCACAUGCAACGGAGAGGAAUCCACUCACCCGGAGGACUGCGCUGAUUGCUUUGGCGGUCAGAAGAAGGAUGAAUCGAACGACAAGGAGAAGAAGGAGGAGGAAGAGGCAUCCACAUCCGUCCAUCACUCCAUCAUUGAGACGUGGGAUUGGGGGCGGCAACCAGACGAGAAGGAGCUGAAGGACUGCCUGAUGGUGCUGGUGGAGGACCAGCAGAAGCUGGCCACGCACACAGCCAAGAGCACGCUGUCGGCCCUGCGUCUGCGGCAGAGGCUGGUCAUCCUGGAGCGCUACCUCAUCUCGCUCAGCCACAGCAUGAUGGAGGAGAAGUACAAAUCCCGCUGGAAGAGCCCCGCCAGCCCGGCCGGGCCUCCGCUGCCCGCCGCCGACAACAAGAGCCCACGGCCUGCUGGGAAGGGGGUGGAGGGUCUCGCCAGAGUGGGCUCCAGGGCAGCCCUCUCCUUUGCCUUUGCCUUCCUGCGACGGGCGUGGAGGUCAGGUGAGGACGCGGACCUGUGCAGCGAGCUUCUGCAGGAAUCGCUGGAUGCCCUGCGGGCUCUCCCAGAAGCGUCUCUGUUUGACGAGGGAACCGUGUCCUCCGUGUGGCUGGAGGUGGUGGAGAGAGCCACUAAGUUCCUCACCGAUGUCCACGGGAGUGCCAGCGCUAAAGGCCCAGGGAACAUUCCACUGCAGGACCAGCACCUGGCCCUCGCUAUCCUCCUGGAGCUGGCAGUGCAGAGAGGCACCCUCAGCCAGCUGCUGUCGGCCGUGCUGCUGCUGCUGCGUCUGUGGGACAGCGGGGCGCGGGAGAUGGACAACGAGCGCUCGGCCCAGGGCACCAGCGCCCCCCUGCUCCCCCUGCUGCUGCGCUUCCAGAACAUUCACUCCAGCAAGGACCUGCCCAGCACCGUGGACGAAAUGGAGGCCCUUGCGGCCCCCCUGAGCCCAAACGAGAGCCUGCUCCGCUACCUGACCCUGCCGCAGGACAACGACCUGGCCAUCGAUCUGCGGCAGACCGCCGUGGUCAUCAUGGCACACCUGGACCGGCUGGCCGCGCCUUGCAGCCCCCCACAGUGCAGCUCGCCCACCUCGCACAAGGAUCAUGGGAAUAUGCAGGGCACUCUGCAGGAGGUGAUUGGCUGGGGUCUGCUCGGCUGGAAGCUCCACGCCAAUGUGAAUGGGCCGGUCCAGUGCAAGGCCCUAGCCAACCUGGGGGUCACCCAGAUCGUCUGCUCCGAGAAGGGCUUUCUGAUCCUGUCCCGAAGCGGAGCCGUGUACACUCAGAACUACAAGAGCACCACUCUGGCUCCGCUGCUGGUGCAAGCCCUGUCUUCGAGAAAGAUCACAAAGAUAUCGGCACACCCGGACGGACAGCACUACCUGGCACUGUCGGCCAAUGGGGAGGUCUUCUCCUGGGGCUGCGGGGACGGAGGCCGGCUGGGACAUGGGGACACCACGUACCUGGAGGAACCCGCCAUGAUCACGGCCUUCACAGGGAAACCGACGGGGAAACAUGUUGUCCACAUCGCCUGCGGAAGCACUUACAGCGCAGCCAUCACCGCCGACGGAGAGCUGUACACCUGGGGGCGGGGAAACUACGGCCGGCUGGGACACGGCUCCAGCGAGGACCAGACCACACCCAUGCUGGUGACGGCGCUGAAGGGGCUGAAAGUGGUGGACGUGGCGUGCGGGAGUGGAGACGCGCAGACGCUGGCCGUCACGGAGAACGGUCAGGUGUGGUCGUGGGGGGACGGAGACUACGGGAAGCUGGGGCGGGGAGGCAGCGAUGGCUGCAAGACGCCAAAACUGGUGGAGAAGCUGCAGGACCUGGACAUCGUCAAGGUGUGCUGCGGGAGCCAGUUCUCCGUGGCGUUGACCAAAGACGGGCAGGUGUACACCUGGGGAAAGGGGGACAACCAGCGGCUCGGACACGGCACAGAUGAGCAUGUCCGCUACCCCAAACUGCUGGACAGUUUGCAAGGAAAGAAGGUGGUGGACAUUGCCGUAGGGUCCACACACUGCCUGGCCCUGACGGACGAGGGGGAGGUCCACAGCUGGGGCAGCAACGACAAGCUGCAGCACUUUGACACGCUGUUCUCCAACAAGAAGCAGCCCAAAGCCCUGCCGGGGCUCAACUCCAAACACAUCGUGGGCAUCGCCUGCGGCCCCGGACAGAACUUCGCCUGGUCCUCGUGCUCCGAGUGGUCGGUGGGCCAGCGCGUGCCCUUCGUGGUGGACGUGUGCCCCAUGACGUUCGAGCAGCUGGACCUGCUCCUGCGCCAGGUGAGCGAGGGCAUGGAGGGCAGCUCCGACUGGCCCCCCCCGCAGGAGAAGGAGUGCAUGGUGGUGGCCACGCUUAACCUGCUCCGGCUACAGCUCCACGCUGCCAUCAGUAACCAGGUGGACCCUGAGGAGCUGGACCUGGGCCUGGGCAGUGUGCUGCUGAACAGCCUGAAGCAGACGGUGGUGACGCUGGCCAGCAACGCCGGGGUGCUCAACAGCGUGCAGUCAGCUGCCCAGGCGGUGCUGCAGAGCGGCUGGUCUGUGCUGCUGCCCACCGCCGAGGAGAGGGCCCGAGCGCUGUCCUCACUCCUCCCCAGUGCAGUGUCUGGGAACGAGAUGAGCGUCAGUCCCGGAAGACGCUUCAUGAUCGACCUGCUGGUCAGCAGCCUGAUGGCCGAUGGAGGUCUGGAGUCAGCCCUGAAUGCAGCCAUUACAGCUGAGAUACAGGACAUUGAAGCCAAAAAGGAGGCCCAGAAGGAGAAGGAGAUUGACGAGCAGGAGGCCAACGCCUCCACCCUGCAGAGGAGCAGGACCCCGCUUGACAAAGACCUCAUAAACACGGGGAUCUAUGAGUCUGCGGGGAAGCAGAGCCUGCCCCUGGUGCAGCUGGUGCAGCAGCUGCUGAGGAACAUCGCUUCACAGACCAUCGCGAGGCUGAAGGAUGUGGCCAGGAAGAUCUCCAGCUGCCUUGACGCUGAGCAUGUGGGCAAGGAGCGCUCUGCCUCCCUGGACCUGCUCCUCCGAUUCCAGAGGCUUCUGGUCAGCAAGCUGUACCUGGGCGUCAACGGCCCGGAGGUCGUCAACGGAUACAAUCCAGACCUGCUGGGCGUGGGCUCUCUGCUGAAGAAGUACAUCGCCCUGCUGUGCACCCACAUCGGUGACAUCCUCCCGGUCGCCACCAGCAUCGCCUUCGCGGGCCACCGGCACUUCGCCGAGGUGUCGCGCAUCAUCGAGGGCGACCUCACAGGUGUCCUGCUUCCCGAGCUGGUGGUGUCCAUCGUGCUGCUCCUUACCAUCGACGCGGGCCUCAUGCAGGAGACUGGCUCCAUCCCCCUGCUGGCCGGACUGCUGGAACACCUGGACCGCUUCAACCACCUGGCGCCCGGGCACGAGAGCGACGACAACGAGGACCUGGCCUGGCCGGGCAUCAUGGGUUCCUUCUUCUCCGGCCAGAGCUCCAGGAACAACGAGGAGGUGUCCCUCAUCCGCAAGGCCGACCUGGAGAACCACAACAAGGACGGCGGCUUCUGGACCGUCAUCGACGGGAAGGUCUACGACAUCAAGGACUUCCAGGCGCAGUCGCUGACCGGGAACAGCAUUCUGGCCCAGUUUGCGGGAGAGGACCCGGUAGUUGCUCUUGAAGCGGCCUUGCAGUUCGAGGACACCAGGGAGUCCAUGCAGGCUUUCUGUGUGGGCCAAUACAUGGAGCCCAACCAGGAGACGGUGACCACGCCGGACCUGAGCAGUUUGUCGUCGCCCCUGAUCGACACGGAGAGGAACCUGGGCCUCCUGCUGGGGCUCCAUGCCUCCUACCUGGCCAUGAGCACGCCGCUGUCCCCCAUGGAGAUAGAAUGCGCCAAGUGGCUCCAGUCAUCCAUCUUCUCCGGGGGCCUGCAGACCAGCCAGAUCCAUUACAACUACAACGAAGAGAAGGACGAGGACCACUGCAGCCUGCCCGGCUCGACCACGCCCGACAAGGCCAAGCUCAACUCCCGCAGGCUCACCCUCAGCGACCACUCGCAGCCUUUCCUCCAGGCUAUCGCCGACAACAACAUCCAGGACCACACUGUGAAGGACUUCCUUUGCCAAAUCGAGCGUUGCUGCAAGCAGUACCACCUGAUCACGCCCAUCGUGUUCCCGCCAGAGCACCCCGUGGAGGAAGUGGGCCGGCUGCUGCUCUGCUGCCUGCUCAAACACCAAGACCUCGGUCAUGUCGCUCUGUCACUCAUCAAGCAAUGUGCCUUGGGUGUGGACCAAGGGAAACUGAGAUCUCUCCCCAAAUCCGUGAUUGACGUCUGUCGGAUGGUGUACCAAGCAAAGUGCUCUUUGAUUAAGACUCACCAGGAGCAGGGCCGGUCCUACAAGGAGGUGUGUGCCCCGGUGAUCGAGCGCUUGCGCUUCCUGUUCAACGAGCUGCGCCCGGCGGUCAGCAACGACCUGUCCAUAGUCUCCAAGCUGAAGCUGCUGAGCUCGCAGCCGCGCUGGAAGAGGAUCACGCAGAAGCUCAUCCGCGACAGCCGGAAGAAGAGAGUGCCCAAGAAGUCCGAGUCGGCUGACGUGGAGGAGUCGAAGCUGGAGAACGACGAGGCUGAUGGAGAGGACCAGUGUGCUGUGCCGAUCAGCCCUGCGCCGGCCGACAAGAAGCCAGCUCCUGCAAAGUCCCCCAAGCAGGACAAGUGGCAGCCCCUGUUGUCCACGGUGACCAGCGUGCACAAGUACAAAUGGCUGAAGCACAGCGUCCAAGGCUCCUUCCCCCAGUCCAGUCUCAUGGCCACCAUCGUCGAGUUCGCCCUGAAGGAGGAACCUCUGGAUGUGGAGAAGAUGAGGAAGUGCCUCCUGAAACAGCUGGAGAGGGCUGAGGUGAGGCUGGAGGGCAUCGACACCAUGCUGAAGCUGGCGUCCAAGAGCUUCCUGCUGCCGUCGGUGCAGUAUGCCAUGCUGUGCGGCUGGCAGCGGCUCAUCCCUGAAGGGACCAAUAUCGGGGAGCCCCUCUCGGACUGCCUGAAGGACGUGGAUCUCAUCCCCCCCUUCAAUCGCAUGCUGCUGGAGGUGACCUUCGGGAAGCUGUACGCCUGGGCCAUCCAGAACGUCCGCACCAUCCUGCUGGACGCCAGCGCCAAGUUUAAAGACUUGGGUGUGCAGCCCGUUCCUCUACAGACCAUCACCAAUGAGAACCCGGCGGGGCCCAGUCUGGGCACUAUGCCCCAGGCCCGCUUCCUCCUGGUCAUGCUCAACAUGCUGUCCCUGAAGCACGGAGCCAACGGCCUGAGCCUGCUGCUCAACUCCGGCAUGCUGGCCCUCACCCAGAGCAUCCUGCGGCUCAUCGGCCCCAGUACGGACAGCGCGGAGGAGGACCUGGGGUCCUGUGUCCACGGGGGCUCUGCCACGGUGCUGGAGGAGUCCAGGAAGGAGGCGGCCCCCACCCCCAUGCCCGCAUCGGGCCCCGAGCUGGCCGCCAUGAUGAAGAUCGGCACCCGUGUGAUGAGGGGCCUGGACUGGAAGUGGGGAGACCAGGACGGCCCUCCCCCGGGCCUGGGCCGGGUGAUAGGGGAGCUGGGGGAGGACGGCUGGAUCAGGGUGCAGUGGGACACCAGCAGCACUAACUCCUACAGGAUGGGUAAGGAGGGAAAGUACGACCUGAAGCUGGCCGAGCCCCCGCCGCCCACGCAGCCCACGGCAGAGGACUCGGACACGGAGGACGACACCGAAGGGGAGCCGGUGGAGAAGAGCUCCCACCCCACGGCGCUGAUGCUCACCAGCACAGUGAACCUGCUGAAGACCCUGGCCCUGUCGGCCGGGAUCCACGCUGAGGUGAUGCAGACGGAGGCCACGCGCACGCUCUGCGGCCUGCUCAGGAUGCUGGUGGAUAGCGGGGCCAACGAAAAGACCGGUUGCUCUGCCCACAGGCAGGUGUCGCGCGAGCAGCACCGGAGCUGGUGCACCCUGGGGUUCAUCCGCAGCAUCGCCCUCACGCCCCAGAUGUGCAGCACCCUCAGCACGCCGGCCUGGAUCAGCCUGCUGGUGCGCAUCGUGGAGGGCCACCAGCCCUUCACCGCCGUCACGCUGCAGAGACAGAUCCUGGCUCUGCGCCUUUUGCAAGCGGUGCUCCCGUCCUGGGACAAGAUGGAGAGGUCCCAGGACAUGAAGUUCCUGGUGGAGAAGCUGUUUGGGUUCCUGGGCAGCCUGCUCAGCACCUGCUCCUCGGAUCUCCCUCUCCUCAGGGAGGGCUCCCUGCGCAGGAGGAAGUCCCGCCCCCAGGCCUCGCUCACGGCCACUCACAGCAGCACGCUGGCGGAGGAGAUCGUGGCCGUGCUGCGGACCCUGCACUCCCUGCCCCAGUGGAACUGCCUGAUCAACGAGUAUGUCAACUCCCAGCUCAGCUGCAUCGGCGAUGUCAUGGCCGGCCGGCACGCCCAGGCGACCCUCUUGGAGGAGUACUUCCCCGAUUCGGAGGGCCCGGCGGUGGGCAGUCUGAUGGCGGUGCUGGCGGUCAUCGGGGGAAUCGACGGUCGCCUGCGGUUGGGCGGUCAGGUGGUCCACGAGGAGUUUGGGGAGGGGACGGUCACCCGCAUCACCCCCAAGGGCCGGAUCACCGUGCAGUUCCACGAGAUGAGGACGUGCAGGGUGUGCCUGCUGAGCCAGCUCAAACCGCUGCCGGUGGUGGCGUUCAGUGUGCAUAACCUGCCCUUCUCCGAGCCCAUGCUGUGCGUGUGGGCCCAGCUGGUGCACCUGGCCGGCAGCAAGCUGGAGAAGCAGCGCAUGAAGAAGUCCCUCAGCCGUGGCCUCACCGCGGACCAGGUGGACCUGCACCUCCUGCGCUGUCAGCAGCUGCGUCUGUACAUCCUGAAGGCGGCGCGGGCGCUGCUGUCUCACCAGGACAAGCUGAGACAAAUCCUCUCCCAGUCUGCCGUGCUGGAGACCGGGCCCAUCCCCAGUGAGGACACCGUGGCGUCAUCUCCGGACGUGGGGGACCUUUCCCCCGACGGGCCCCUGCCCCCCCUCAUCCUCCUGCAGCAGCUGCUAUCGGCCGCCACACAGCCCUCUCCCAUCAAGGCUAUCUUCGACAGGCAGGAGCUGGAGGCGGCGGCCCUGGCAGUGUGUCAGUACCUGGCGGUGGAGUCCACACACCCCUCCUCGCCCCUGUUUGAGGACAGCAGCUCCAGCGAGGCUACCACCCCGGUGACCGUGCAGCAGGUGCGGCCGCCCAGGCAGAAGAAGCACAAGACCUCCCCCCUGCCCCCGCUGCCCAUCGUGCUGCAGCUCAUGGAGAUGGGCUUCCAGAGGAAGAACAUCGAGUUCGCCCUCAAGUCCCUGUCUGGAGCCACGGGAAGCGCCUCUGGGAUACCAGGAGUGGAGGCCUUGGUUGGGUGGCUGCUGGACCACCCUGAUGUCCACGUCACUGAGCUCUCAGACGCUGACACCGUGUCGGACGAAUACUCAGACGAGGAACUCCUGGAGGAGAUGGAGGAGCCAGAGACGGCCUUCCCCGUACCUUCUGGGGCUGUGGUGACGGAGAGCCAGACCUUCAAGAAGAGGUCGGAUUUCCAGAGCAACGACGACUACGCCGUGUACGUCCGGGAGAAUAUACAGGUGGGGAUGAUGGUGAGGUGCUGCAGGACGUAUGAGGAGGUAUACGAUGGCGACGUGGGGAAGGUGAUUAAGCUGGACCGGGACGGCCUCCAUGACCUCAACGUGCAGUGUGACUGGCAGCAGAAGGGAGGGACCUACUGGGUCCGCUACAUCCACACCGAGCUGCUCGGCUUCCCACCACAGAGCUCUCCAUCGCACAUCAAGAUCGGGGACAAAGUUCGCGUCAAGCCCUCGGUCACUACACCAAAGUACAAGUGGGGGUCGGUCACUCACAGGAGCGUCGGAGUUGUGAAGGCUUUCAGUGCCAACGGGAAAGACGUCAUCGUCGAUUUCCCACAGCAGUCUCAUUGGACGGGCCUGCUGUCGGAGAUGGAGCUUGUGCCCAGCAUCCACCCAGGAGUGAGGUGUGAUGGUUGCCAGAUGUUCCCAAUCAACGGUCCCAGGUUCAAAUGCAGGAACUGUGAAGACUUUGACUUCUGUGAAAACUGCUUCAAAACACGCAAGCACAACACCAGGCACUCAUUCGGCAGAAUCAACGAACCAGGCCAGUCUCCGGCGUUCUGCGGCCGGUCUGGGAAGCAGCUGAAACGGCACCACAGCGGCCAGCGCGGCAUGCUGAUCGACGAGUGGUCCCGCGCCGUGAAAAACCUCAGCGUGUCGUCCUCCGUCAACCAGGCCUCGCGCCUCGUCGACUGUGGGGAGCAGUGCUGGCAGUCCUCCGGCUCGCAGGGCAAGCACUGGAUCCGUUUGGAGCUGUUUCCAGAUGUCCUGGUCCACCGGCUGAAGAUGAUCGUGGAUCCUGCGGACAGCAGCUACAUGCCCUCUCUGGUGGUGGUAUCGGGUGGGAAUUCCCUGAACAACCUCAUAGAGCUGAAGACAAUCAACAUCAACCCCACUGACACCACUGUCCCCCUGCUAAGCGACUGCACUGAGUAUCACCGCUACAUCGAAAUCGCCAUCAAGCAGUGUCGGAGCUCGGGGAUCGACUGCAAGAUCCACGGGCUGGGGAUCGUGGGCCGGAUCCGCGCAGAGGACGAGGACCUGGCGACCGUGCCCUUCCUGGCGUCCGACAACGAGGAGGAGGACGAAGACAAGACCGGCACGGGGAGGUAUGGCGUCCUCACUGCUCUUCGUCUGGCUCGGAAGAAGUCCGCCGGCCUGGAGUCGGCGGCGUCCAUCCGAACCAAAGUGUUUGUCUGGGGCCUGAACGACAAAGACCAGCUGGGGGGUCUCAAGGGGUCCAAAAUCAAGGUGCCUUCCUUCUCUGAAACCCUCUCUGCCCUCAACGUGGUGCAGGUGGCAGGCGGGUCAAAGAGCCUGUUUGCAGUGACGGCGGAGGGAAAGGUGUAUGCGUGCGGUGAGGCCACUAACGGCAGGCUGGGCCUGGGUCUCUCCAGCGGCACCAUCCCCAUCCCCCGCCAGAUCUCUGCCCUCAGCAACUACGUGGUGAAGAAGGUGGCGGUGCACUCGGGAGGGCGCCAUGCCAUGGCCCUGACGGUGGACGGGAAGGUCUUCUCCUGGGGCGAGGGAGACGAUGGGAAACUGGGACACUUCAGCAGGAUGAACUGUGACAAGCCGCGCCUCAUUGAGGCCUUGAAGACUAAGCGGAUCCGGGACAUCGCCUGCGGGAGCUCCCACAGCGCAGCCAUCACUUCCAGUGGGGAGCUGUACAGCUGGGGCCUGGGGGAGUAUGGCCGACUGGGGCACGGAGACAACACCACCCAGCUCCGGCCCAAACUGGUGCAGGUGAAAGUGCUUCUGGGUCACCGUGUCGUCCAGGUGGCUUGUGGGAGUCGUGAUGCUCAGACCCUGGCUCUGACGGAUGAAGGGCUGGUGUUCUCCUGGGGGGACGGAGACUUCGGGAAGCUGGGCCGAGGGGGCAGCGAGGGCUGCAACAUCCCCCAGAACAUCGAGAGGCUGAACGGGCAGGGCGUGUGCCAGAUCGAGUGCGGGGCCCAGUUCUCCCUGGCUCUCACAAAGUCUGGAGCGGUCUGGACCUGGGGUAAAGGGGACUACUUCCGGCUGGGCCACGGCACGGACGUGCACGUGCGGAAGCCGCAGAUGGUGGAGGGCCUGCGGGGGAAGAAGAUCGUCCAUGUGGCCGUGGGGGCGCUGCACUGCCUGGCUGUGACGGACACUGGGCAGGUUUAUGCCUGGGGAGACAACGACCACGGGCAGCAGGGGAACGGCACGACCACCGUAAACAGGAAGCCCACGCUGGUGCAGGGCCUCGAAGGCCAGAAGAUCACCCGCGUGGCCUGUGGCUCCUCCCACAGCGUCGCCUGGACGACCAUGGACGUGACCACGCCCUCUGUCCACGAGCCUGUCCUCUUUCAGACCGCCAGGGACUCGCUGGGAGCCUCCUACCUGGGGGUCCCUUCAGACAGCGACGCUUCUGCAGUGAGCAACAAGAUGAUUGGCCAGAGCAACGUCAAACCCAACAGACCGUCAUUGGCUAAGAUCCUGCUGUCGCUGGACGGAAACCUGGCCAAGCAGCAGGCCCUCUCCCACGUCCUGUCAGCCCUACAGAUCAUUUAUGCCCGGGACGCAGUGGUGGGAGCCCUGAUGCCCGCCUGUAUGAUCAUGCCUGUGGAGUGCCCGUCCAGCUCCCCCAUCCCGCCCUCAGACGACUCGAGUGCCUCCAGCCCCUCAGAGGCCGAGGAGCCCCCCGUACCCCCCGAAACAGAAGAGCGGCUCAGCCCUAAUCCCUGGCAGGACAAGAGGGGCGAGACGGCACCCUCGGAAGAUGCCAUCACGCCGUCGUCGGCGGUAACGCCCUCUGCGGCCGCGGCUUCCUCGCGCCCCUUCAUCCCCGUGACGGACGACCCCGGAGCAGCCAGCAUCAUCGCCGAGACCAUGACCAAGACCAAAGAGGACUCAGAGAACCAGAGCAAGGUGACGGGGCCCGAGCCUCAGUACCUGGACGAGUUCACCAGCCUGCUGGUUCCGGACGACACGCGCGUGAUGGUGGACCUGCUGAAGCUGGCCGUGUCGGUGCGCUCGGGGGAGAAGGGCAGGGAGGUGCUCUCGGCCGUGCUGUCAGGCAUGGGCACCGCAUACCCGCAGGUGGCUGACAUGCUGUUGGAGCUGUGUGUGACCGAGCUGGAGGACGUGGCCACAGAUUCUCAGAGUGGCCGCCUCUCCUCCCAGCCCGUGGUGGUGGAGAGCAGUCACCCCUACACCGACGACACGUCCACCAGCGGGACCGUCAAGAUCCCAGGGGCUGAAGGACUGAGGGUUGAGUUUGACCGCCAGUGUUCCACUGAGAGGCGGCACGACCCGCUCACCAUCAUGGACGGGGCCAAUAGGAUCGUGUCCGUCCGAUCAGGUCGUGAGUGGUCUGAUUGGUCAAGUGAGCUUCGUAUCCCGGGCGACGAGCUCAAGUGGAAGUUCACCAGCGACGGCUCUGUCAAUGGCUGGGGCUGGCGCUACACCGUGUAUCCCAUCAUGCCCGCUGCCGGGCCCAAGGACCUGCUGUCGGACCGCUGCAUCCUCUCCUGCCCUUCAAUGGACCUGGUCACCUGCCUUCUGGACUUCCGCCUCAACUUCGCCUCAAACAGGGGCAUCGUGCCGCGGCUAGCCGCCUCGUUAGCCGCAUGCGCGCAGCUCAGCGCACUGGCGGCAGGUCACCGUAUGUGGGCGCUACAGAGGCUCCGGAAGCUUCUGACCACGGAGUUCGGCCAGUCCAUCAACAUCAACCGACUGCUAGGUGACUGCGAUGGAGAGGCCCGGUCGCUGACUUUCUCAGGCAGUGCGCUGGCCGCCCUGGUGAAGGGUCUUCCCGAGGCCCUGCAGAGGCAGUACGAGUACGAGGACCCCAUCGUCCGCGGGGGGAAGCAGCUUCUGCACAGCCCCUUCUUCAAGGUCCUGGUAGCGCUGGCCUGUGAUCUGGAGCUGGACACCCUGCCCUGCUGCGCUGAGACGCACAAGUGGGCCUGGUUUCGCAGAUACUGCACCGCCUCCAGGGUGGCGGUCGCCCUGGACAAACGGACCCCCCUGCCACGCCCGUUUCUCGAUGAGGUGGCCAAGAAGAUCCGUGAGCUGAUGGCGGACCUGGAGAACAUGAAUGCUCUCCACGAGAGCCAUGACAUAUUCAAGAGGGAGCAGGACGAGCAGCUGGUGCAGUGGAUGAACAGGCGUCCGGACGACUGGACCCUGUCUGCCGGAGGGAGCGGGACGAUCUACGGCUGGGGGCACAACCACAGGGGUCAGCUGGGGGGCAUUGAGGGGGCGAAGGUCAAGGUGCCCACGCCCACGGAGGCCCUGGCUACGCUGCGGCCUGUGCAGCUGAUCGGAGGGGAGCAGACGCUGUUCGCCGUCACCGCCGACGGGAAGCUGUAUGCUACAGGCUAUGGGGCCGGGGGGCGGCUGGGAAUCGGGGGCACGGAGUCAGUGUCCACUCCCACCCUGCUGGAGAGCAUCCAGCACGUCUUCAUCAGGAAGGUGGCUGUUAACUCCGGGGGAAAACACUGCCUGGCUUUGUCCUCCGAGGGCGAGGUGUACUCGUGGGGAGAAGCUGAGGACGGGAAACUGGGCCACGGCAACCGCAGCCCGUGUGACCGGCCACGUGUCAUUGAGUCCCUGCGGGGUGUGGAGGUGCUGGACAUCGCAGCUGGAGGGGCUCACAGCGCCUGCAUCACGGCCAGCGGAGAGCUGUACACCUGGGGGAAGGGCCGGUACGGCCGCCUGGGGCACGGAGACAGUGAGGACCAGCUCAAACCAAAACUGGUGGACGCCCUGCAGGGUCACAGGGUGAUCGAUGUGGCUUGCGGCAGUGGGGACGCGCAGACGCUGUGCUUGACGGACGAUGACAUGGUGUGGUCGUGGGGGGACGGAGACUACGGCAAACUGGGAAGGGGGGGCAGCGACGGCUGCAAGGUCCCCAUGAAGAUCGACUCGCUCACGGGCCUGGGGGUGGUCAAGGUGGAGUGCGGCUCCCAGUUCUCAGUGGCCCUCACGAAGUCCGGAUCCGUCUACACAUGGGGGAAGGGGGACUACCACAGGUUAGGCCACGGCUCCGACGAUCACGUGCGCCGGCCCCGGCAGGUCCAGGGCCUGCAGGGCAAGAAAGUGAUCGCCAUCGCCACAGGGUCUCUGCACUGUGUCUGCUGCACGGAGGAUGGCGAGGUGUACACGUGGGGGGACAACGACGAGGGCCAGCUGGGAGACGGCACCACCAACGCCAUCCAGAGGCCGCGGCUGGUGGCCGCGCUGCAGGGGAAGAAGAUCAACCGCGUGGCGUGUGGCUCCGCGCACACCCUCUCCUGGUCCACCAGCAAACCCGCCAACGCCGGCCGGCUCCCCUCACAGGUUCCCAUGGAGUAUAACCACCUGCAGGAGAUCCCCAUCAUCGCUCUGAGGAACAGGCUCCUGCUGCUGCACCACAUCUCCGAGCUCUUCUGCCCCUGCAUCCCCAUGUUCCACCUGGAGGGCCGGCUGGGCCACACGGGACAGGGCCCCUCUGUGGGCUUCGACACGCUCCGAGGCAUCCUCAUCUCACAGGGAAAAGAAGCGGCGUUCCGUAAGGUGGUGCAGGCUACCAUGGUCAGGGACCGGCAGCACGGGCCUGUGGUAGAGCUCAACAGAAUACAGGUUAAGCGUUCCCGGAGUAAAGGGGGUCUUGCCGGCCCAGAUGGGACCAAGUCCGUUUUCGGUCAGAUGUGCGCGAAGAUGAGCUCCUUCAGUCCGGACAGCCUGCUCCUCCCACACCGUGUGUGGAAGGUCAAGUUUGUUGGCGAGUCGGUGGAUGACUGUGGAGGAGGCUACAGCGAGUCGAUCGCAGAGAUGUGCGAGGAGCUGCAGAACGGCCUCACCCCACUGCUCAUUGUCACUCCCAACGGCCGCGACGAGUCCGGGGCCAACCGAGACUGCUUCCUGCUCAACCCCGCCGCCAAGUCGCCCCUCCACAUGAACAUGUUCCGCUUCUUAGGUGUGCUCCUGGGCAUCGCCAUUCGCACUGGAAGCCCCCUGAGCCUCAACCUGGCUGAGCCCGUGUGGAAGCAGCUGGCAGGAAUGAACCUGACCAUCGCUGACCUCAGUGAGGUCGAUAAAGACUUCAUCCCCGGGCUGAUGUACAUCCGGGAUAAUGAGGCCACGUCGGAGGAGUUUGAGGCCAUGACCCUGCCAUUCACCGUGCCAAACGCCAGCGGCCAGGACAUCCAGCUCAGCUCCAAGUACUCCCACAUCACGCUGGACAACCGCGCAGAAUACGUACGGCUAGCAAUAAACUACAGGCUCCAUGAGUUUGACGAGCAGGUGUCGGCGGUGCGUGAGGGCAUGGCCCGGGUGGUCCCUGUUCCCCUGCUCUCCCUCUUCACCGGAUACGAGCUGGAGACCAUGGUGUGCGGGAGCCCCGACAUUCCGCUGCACCUGUUGAAGUCUGUGGCCACCUACAAGGGCGUGGAGCCCACGGCUCCACUCAUCCAGUGGUUCUGGGAGGUGAUGGAAUCCUUCUCCAACACAGAGCGCUCCCUCUUCCUCCGCUUCGUCUGGGGACGCACCCGCCUGCCCAGGACCAUCGCCGACUUCCGCGGCCGAGAUUUCGUUGUGCAGGUUCUGGACAAGUACAGCCCCCCAGAUCACUUCCUGCCGGAGUCGUACACCUGCUUCUUCCUGCUGAAGCUGCCCAGAUACUCCUGCAAGCAAGUGCUAGAGGAGAAGCUGAAGUAUGCCAUCCACUUCUGCAAGUCCAUCGACACGGACGACUACGCCCGCAUCGCUCUGACGGGCGAGCCGGCGGCCGACGACAGCAGCGAGGACUCGGACAACGAGGACGCCGACUCCUUCGCCUCGGACUCCACCCAGGACUACCUGACGGGCCACUGAGGGGGAGCACCCUUCCACCUUUCAACCCCUCUUUCCUCCAGGCAACCCCGAGUCGCCGAGGGCACAACCGCAAGAAGCUGCCGUGCAGAAGCGCAAAGCGCCACGCCCGUUUUAAUCCCACGUAUCACUAAUACUACUACUAAAACUACGAAACGUUAAGAAUAGAAAAACUUGCUAUUACGUCCUGUAAAAAAAAAAAAAAAAAAAAAAAGAUAAGUCAUAAUGUGCAAUUAGUUUUUGAAGGCAGUGUGAUGUGGAGAGAAGUAGGUGCUCCUUGUUAUAAGAAUUUUUUUUUUCAAAAAAAACUAAGGAGUGGGGGAAAAAAAAGCUGCACAGAUCAACUAUGUGUUUUACUUGUGUCAUGUGUAUAGAUUAUCAAAAAACAGCGGGACAUCAGAAAAGGCAUUUAGCCUAGCACUGUGGUAGACUUCUCCUGUUUUUUGUUUUGUUUUUGUUUUUGUUUUUUUGGUGGCUUUUACCUUAUCCUAGUUUGUUGUAUAUUGGAGAUAGUAUGCUACAAAUGAUUAGUAUUAUAUUUUUGUUGGUAAUAGCAGUGUUUCUUUAUAAGAACAUUUUUUUGACUAUGGAAGUGUCUGUUUGUGUCACUCUGCUCUCGUCAAACACGACCUGCCCGAGGUGUCAUUUUACAGAUGUCUGUCACUGUAUCCAUCUCUACUUAAUCUUUUCACCCUGUGUGUAUGCACUGUCCUCCUUUGGAAAUGUAUAUAAUAUGAUUGUGCCAUGUAUUCAUGAACCAUGUCAUCUCCUGAGAAUAUAUUUCAACCAAAAUUACCCUUCAAAGUCCCUUCAAAGAUUUGUUCAUUAAAUCAUUUAUCUGGUGGAUUCA